UGGUAGUGUGGGCGUGUCGGGUAUGUUUCAUUUUUGAAAUUUGCAGAGAAUCAGAUGAGUUCUAAGUUGUUCUAACAUGGACCAUAAAGGACAAAGAAGAAAGCAUAUGCUCAAAAAAAAUGAAGAGGAUCAAGCUGUAACAGAGCCUCAAACAGAUGAAAUUAGUGAUAGAAAUACUGUCCAAGAUCUUCCAAUUAAAGAUGCAGAUGACAAUGACACCCCACUAACGACUGAUACUGAUCAAAUCAUCACGUCUCAGUCUGGAUCAGAGGACAGUGAUUCAGACGACACUGAUCAGGAAAGUGGUUCAGAUACCGAUCAAGAUGCUGAUAAAGAUGAGUUAGAUGAUCCUCCACUUAAGACCAAUCUUCCCAAAACAGCCAAACAACAAGAUAUUAAAGCAACUAAUCAGCUUCGCUACCGAAACAUCUCAAGCAAGAAACCCCAACAUAAAGAGUAUUUGGAUGAAUUCAGCAAAGAGUAUCCAAAAGAAGAGUCUAGCAAGAAGUUUGAUCCUCCUUCAACUAAGAGUACUUCAUCAUGUUCAUGUCCAUUUAUUUUGGCAUUGCUAAUUCUAAUUACUGUACUUGCUUUCUUAUUGGGAUUUCUUGGUGGCUCCGUCUGGUCAAGCAAUAGGUGUCUGAGGUCUUGUAUAGUAGAAUUAAAUGAACAAAGGAUUGCCAUGGAGGAAGAAUGUAAGAACAAAUGUAGCGUAGAACUAAAAGGUUCUUUGAAAGAAAUGGAACUUGAAAUGAGACGCUUAGAAAAGGAAUUAAAUGCCUCAAAAGAAAAGAAUGAGAGGUUGCGUCAAUCAUCUAGAGAAUGUACCAAAGAUUAUGACAAAUGCAAAGAUCAAAAGUCAACAUGUCUUCAUGAUCUUUCAAAAAGCCAAGAGGAUGCCAAAAGGAAGAAAGAGGAUCUUGCAGCAUGUCAGUUAGAGAAGGAAUCAUGUGACGGUGAAGUUUCUAAACUUCAGAAAGGACUCGAAAAGAAGGAAGAAGAGCUAGAACAAUGCAAAGAGAAGAAGAAAAAAUGUGAAGAUGAUCUUGAAGCAUGCCUCAGAGAAACCAAGAAGAAGGAGAAGGAAUGCGAUGACGGUAAGAAAGAAUGUGAUGAAAGCCAAGAGGAUGCCAAAAGGAAGAAAGAGGAUCUUGCAGCAUGUCAGUUAGAGAAGGAAUCAUGUGACGGUGAAGUUUCUAAACUUCAGAAAGGACUCGAAAAGAAGGAAGAAGAGCUAGAACAAUGCAAAGAGAAGAAGAAAAAAUGUGAAGAUGAUCUUGAAGCAUGCCUCAGAGAAACCAAGAAGAAGGAGAAGGAAUGCGAUGAGAGUAAGAAAGAAUGUGAUGAUAAACUUUCAAUUUGUCUUGUAGAAGUUGGAACAAUAAAAGCGAAACUGGAUACACACGAGAAAAAGAUAGAAUUGGAAAAGAGAGAAUUGGAAAAGAGAGAAUUGGAAAAGAGAGAAUUGGAAAAGAGAGAAUUGGAAAAGAGAGAAUUGGAAAAGAGAGAAUCUAAAAAAAUGGCCCUCGCCCGCCUUAGAUUACCGAUAGAAAAGUAGUAACUUUAGUUGCUAUACUAAGAGUUGAAAAGGAUUCCUUGUACACAACAAUA